AUGGCUUCUUCUAAUAAAACAGGUGCUACCGGCUAUGUCGGUGGUGACGCUCUCUACACGUUGGCAAAGGAGCAUCCCGAGUACGAAAUCACGGCUCUUGUUCGGAGCAGAGAGAAAGGCGAUGUAGUUACAAGCCAAUAUCCGUCUAUCCGUCUCGUAUACGGGAGCUUAGACGAUUCCGACUUGAUCGCAAAGCAAGUCUCCGAAGCCGACAUUACUUGCCAUUGGGCCAGUUGCGAACAUGAAGCCGCCGCCAAGGCCAUCGCAGAAGGACUGUCCCGUAAGACUGCGCCGGGAUUCGUGAUCCACUUGUCCGGAGCCGAUCUCAUCUGCUUCCCUGAUUUGAACGCCGGUAUGUACGGGAGUCGACGGGAUCGGAUCUUCGAUGACUGGGAUGGCCUUGAUGAAGUCAUUUCACCCGCCAACAAUUCCCCUCACCAAGAGGUUGACCUGGCCAUCCUUGACGCAGCCAAGAGAGGUGGUAAGACAGCCAUCGUGUGUCCUCCGACUAUUUACGGUCCAGGGCGAGGACCCGGCAAUCAGCGGAGUAUUCAGGUCCCCGAAUUAGUAUCGUACAUCUUGCAAAGGGGUGUUGCCUUUACCGUGCAAGGUGGCGAAAACAUUUGGAAUUCAGUGCACGUUCACGACUUAUCAAAGCUGUUCUUAAAGCUUGUUGAGGCUGCUGCUCAGGGAGGCGGUCAAGCUGACUGGGGAACCAAAGGCUUCUAUUUUGUUGAAAGUGGCCACUUCAGCUGGAAGGCUGUGACGGAAAGGAUUGCCGAAGAGGCAAAAGAUCGAGGGCUUGUGAAGACUCUGGAAGUGCAAAGCCUGAGCGCGGAGGACGUAAACGCCAUCUGGUCCUAUGGCACGUUACUCUGGGGUACGAAUUCGCGCAGCAAAGCCAUCAGGGCGCGUAAACUUCUGGGUUGGAGUGCGGAGGGAUGUGAUAUAUUUGAAGAUAUCCCUGCUGUUGUUACCGCGGAGGCUGCUACAUUGCGACUCACGAAGUAA